UGCGCGGCGCAUCCCCGCUCCUCGCCCGCUCGCGCGCCCCCGGCUCGUGCGCCCCCGGGGCCGGAUCCCGCCCACCGCGCAGGGGACGUGCCGCUAUCCCGCGUCUGCGGCGAGGAGGGCGCGCCGCCAUGGGCCGCCUGGCCAGGAGGGUGGCGGCGCUGCUGCUCGGGCUGCUCGUGGAGUGUACAGAGGCCAAAAAGCACUGCUGGUAUUUCGAAGGACUUUAUCCAACAUAUUAUAUAUGUCGCCCCUUCGAGGACUGCUGUGGCUCCCGGUGCUGCGUGCGGGCGCUCUCCAUCCAGAGGCUCUGGUACUUCUGGCAGCCCUGCCUGAGCCAGCAGCCCCCCGAGCUGCUGGCCGGCGUCACUUGCCGGGGCCGGGGCGCCUCGGCGGCUCUGGGGGACCCCCACACACGGAGGCGGCUGCUGGCUGACCUUCCCGUGCCCCGGGUUUCUUGGCUGCAAGUUCUGCGCAGCCCUCUGCUGGUGCGCCUCCCCAGGUCUCGGCCAAGAUGCCCUGGUGUGUCCCUCGGCUGCGGGCUGACCCCCGCCACCCCUGAUCCUGGUGAAGCCCCGUCACCAGGCACCGUCGUGCUGCCCAGCAGUCUGCACCCCUUCGCCCGCGACCUGCGCCCAGGUGCCCACCGUGGCUGGGGGCCUCGGCCCCGGACACACGUCAGCCAAGGGCGCACCCGGGGCGGUGGUCCCCCCGGCCGCCCGCUGGCGGUGACGGGCGGUGAUGGGUUGGGACUUUGCCGCUGCGCUCACGUCUGUCUGCUUGCCUGUCUUUCAGGAGCCCAGCAGCUGGGGCUGCCCUAUUACACCGACCCCGGAGGACCAGGCGUGAAUCCUGCGGGGAACCCCGCAGCGAUGGCGUUCCAGGUCCAGCCCAGCUCGCCCCAGGGAAGCUCGGCCUACCCGCCGCCCCCCUCUUACUGCAACACGCCCCCGCCCCCGUAUGAGCAGGUGGUGAAGGACAAGUAGGGGGGCCUCCUGGCGCCUGCCUGUGCGCUGGGCCCAGGAGGCAGGGAGGGCUGUUGUCCCCCGCUCCCCAUCCGCGCUCACUCCCAGGAACGGCCUUGUGAGCCACUGAGGGCGACUUCUCUGCUAUCUUCAAAGCACGCCCAG